UUUGAGAACUGCAUCAGAGCUCUGUUAAGGUGUCAGCAGGUUAAUUUGGCAUUAUGGGGAUACAAGGAUUGCUACAAUUUAUCAAAGAAGCUUCUGAACCCAUCCAUGUGAGGAAGUAUAAAGGGCAGGUAGUAGCUGUGGAUACAUAUUGCUGGCUUCACAAAGGAGCUAUUGCUUGUGCUGAAAAACUAGCCAAAGGUGAACCUACUGAUAGAUAUGUAGGAUUUUGUAUGAAAUUUUUAAAUAUGUUACUAUCUAAUGGAAUCAAGCCUAUUCUCGUAUUUGAUGGCUGUACUUUACCUUCGAAAAAGGAAGUAGAAAAGUCCAGAAGAGAAAGACGACAAGCCAAUCUUCUUAAGGGAAAGCAGCUGCUUCGUGAGGGGAAAGUCUCAGAAGCUCGAGAAUGUUUUACCCGAUCUAUCAAUAUCACGCAUGCUAUGGCCCACAAAGUAAUUAAAGCUGCUAGGUCUCAGGGAGUAGAUUGCCUCGUGGCUCCGUAUGAAGCUGAUGCGCAGUUGGCCUAUCUCAACAAAGCUGGUAUUGUACAAGCUAUAAUUACAGAGGACUCUGACCUCCUGGCUUUUGGCUGUAAAAAGGUAAUUUUAAAAAUGGACCAAUUUGGGAAUGGACUGGAAAUUGAUCAGGCCCGGCUAGGAAUGUGCAAACAACUUGGGGAUAUGUUCACAGAGGAGAAGUUUCGCUACAUGUGUAUCCUUUCAGGCUGUGAUUAUCUGCCCUCCCUGCGCGGAAUUGGAUUAGCAAAGGCAUGCAAAGUAUUAAGACUAGCCAAUAACCCAGAUAUUGUAAAGGUUAUCAAGAAAAUUGGACAUUAUCUCAAGAUGAAUAUAACAGUACCAGAAGAUUAUAUCAAAGGAUUUAUUCGAGCCAACAAUACCUUCCUUUAUCAGCUAGUUUUUGAUCCCAUCACAAGGAAACUAAUCCCUCUGAAUGCCUAUGAAGAUGACAUUGAUCCUGAAACACUAAGCUAUGCUGGGCGGUAUGUUGAUAAUUCUAUAGCUCUUCAAAUAGCACUUGGAAAUAAAGAUAUAAAUACUUUUGAACAGAUCGAUGACUACAAUCCAGACACUGCUACGCCUACCCAAUUGAGAAGUCAUAGUUGGAAUGACAACACUUGUCAAAAGUCAUUUAAUGCUAAUAGCAUUUGGCAUAGGAAUUAUUGUCCUCGACUGGAGUUGGGUAGUGUUUCAGAUGCUACACGAUUAAAGGAAAAAUCAAACACUAUGGGAAUUGAGCAGCUGAUUAGUACUAAAGGGUUAAAUCUUCCAAGGAAGUCGUCCACGGUGAAAAGACCCAGAAGUGAAGAGCUUUCAGAAGAUGACCUGUUGAGUCAGUAUUCAUUUUCAUUUACAAAGAAGACCAAGAAGAAUAGCUGUGAAGGUAAUAAAUCAUCACAUUUUUCUGAAAUGUUCGUACCUGACCUGGUAGGUGGACCUACCAAUAGAAAAGGCUUAAGCACACCACUGAGGACAAGAAAUAAAUUUGCAACAUUUCUGCAGAGAAAAAAUGAAGAAAGUGGUGCAGUUGUUGUUCCAGGGACCAGAAGCAGGUUUUUUUGCAGUUCUCAGGAUUUUGUUGACUGUGUAGCAAAGGAGGUGAGCAGCCAACCUCUAGAUGAAAUUGCUGUCAAGGAUAGAGAGACUAAUCUGAAUGAAUCAGAUCAUCCAGAGCUAGAAGGCAAGAAGCUGGCUGAUAGAAAUGUAGCACAUGCUUCAAGUGAUCAGAGUCCAGAGGAUGCAACAGUGUUUGCUGAGGAAGACUCUCAGUCUUUUAAGACCAGCCGCUUCACAAGGACCAUUUCACCACCUACUUUGGGGACACUAAGAAGUUGUUUUAGCUGGUCUGGAGGUCUUGGAGAUUUUUCUAGGACUCCGAGCCCCUCUCCAAGCACAGCCUUACAGCAGUUCCGAAGAAAGAAUGAUUCCCCCACCUCUCUGCCUGAGAGCAGCAUGUCUGAUGUGUCUCAGCUAAAGAGUGAUGAGUCAGGGGAUGAAUCUCAUCACUCGCAUGAAGUGGGGUCUUCACAGUCCCAGGAAAGUGUAGAAUUAUCCCUGCACAGUUUAAAUGCAGCAAGUCUUUCUCAGCCUUCUAAUAAUGAUUCCGAGUCAGAGGAAUCUGAUUGUAAUAUUAACUCACCUGAUAAUCAAGGUAAUCAGGCCUCCAAGCCACAUUUAUCUCAUUUUUCAAGAAAAGACACAUGUCUAAGGAACAAGGUUCCUGGGCUAUAUAAAUCUAGUUCCAUGGAUUCUCUUUCUACAACCAAGAUCAAACCUCUAGUACCUGCCAGAGUCAGUGGGCUGAGCAAGAAGCCAGCAGGCGUCCAGAAGAGAAAUCAUCGUAAUGCCGAGAACAAGCCAGGAUUACAGAUAAAGAUCAAUGAGCUCUGGAAAAAUUUUGGAUUUAGAAAAGAUUCUGAAAAGCUUCCUUCUUGUAAGAAGCCUCUGUCUCCAGUCAAAGAUAACAUCCAACUAACCCCAGAAGCAGAAGAGGAUAUAUUCAAUAAGCCUGAAUGUGCACGUGUUCAGAGAGCAAUAUUUCAAUAA